AUGACAGGACAGGCGCCGCAUCAUGGAAGUACGCAGGGGUAUUUGGGUGGGGUUCUAGGCAUCGGAUUAUGCGCGGGUGAUUUUUCAAGCUUCAAGCUAAGGCUAGGUACACUUGAACCCAUAUCUGAGUCUAUGAAGUAUAUAGUCUAUCUCCUCAUGGCCCAUAUACCAUACAAAACUAGGAAGCACGAGCGGCGUACGAACAUUCAUAUUCAUGAUCUACGAGAACAAGAUAUUGUUAACAGCUGUCUACUUAUAUACGCGGUGUCCCCCUAUCUGACGACCGCUGAGAUGAACAUUAAGGACCAAUACGCCGAUCCCGAUCGAGGCUUGUUGAUCAUCAUGAGAGAUCGGUGUAACCGGCUUUGGAGAGGUGGUGCGAGUGGGAUUUGGGACUGGGUCGUGAUUCUGCAGUUGAGGGUGGGAGGGAAGCGUAUAUGUACGUCUUUGGAAGCGACGAUAAGCAAAACUCAAAAGAAAGGCAACUUACUUGGUAGCGGCCGAACGAAGAGUGCCGUACGAUUGAUGGUUUUUAUGUACGGACUCAGCUGGUCGUACUACUCCACAUGUGGAGUUUCCCAACUGGUGAUACUUGGUUGGAUGAGUUACGGAUGGUGGAGCUUGAAGGGUCGCAUGGUUCAGGCCCCGUGGCGAGUUAAGUAG